AUGGCCAACCCCAGACAGCGAAACAAGGCCAAGUCCUCCAGGUCUCACAAGCCCAGCUUGGCCGCCAAGCGGAGGAUGCACCAGAAACUGAGGAAGGCGCCGCCACUCAAGGGACCAGAGGUGCUCCAGGACAAGUGGGACAAGAAGAAGACCGUGUUCCAAAAUUAUGCUGCUCUCGGUCUUCUCCCUUCCAUCCCCAUUCCCCAGCAAGCAUCCUCCCGAUCCCAUCGCGUACAGCUCCCCGAAGUGCCCGAAUCUGCCCAAGACGAAGAAGAGGCGGGACCUGUCAAGGUCGGCUUCGGUAAGAUCAUCAGGGAUGAAGAAGGAAAUGUGAUCGAUAUCAUCAUUGAGGGCGAGGAGGAGGAGGAAGCGCAGAAGAAGGCAGAGGAAGAGAUGGAGGUUGAUGAGAAGUCGAAGAAGGUGGAGGCAAAGACAGAAGUCGUCAGGCAACUUGAACUCCUCGCUGCUACCUCUGCUCCUGUCGUCCGCCACACCUCCACCUCCGAGCGAACUUGGCUACAGCAGCUCGUCGACAAGUACGGCGACGACACUGCACGAAUGACGAGGGACAAGAAGCUGAAUGUGUGGCAAAAGACCGAGGGCGAGAUCAAGAGAAUGAUCAAGAAGGCUGGAGGAGUUGGAAAGCUGAGCAAGUGA